AUAUCCACACUUUCACGCUCAAAAGUCACCUUCUCUUCCUCGUUGCUUCAACCCCUUCUCUCUCUCUCUCUCUCUCUCUCUCGGCGCAGUACAAAGCUUCAGAGACAGGCAACUUGUGGAGCAGCCAAGCCACCAUUAACCUGUCGUCCUCCUGUCUCUUUCUGUAUCUGUCGUCGGGCCUGUCGCAGUCUCACAGGAGCUUCAUUUCAGCUUUCAUGGUUUUGCAGCAGCAGCAGCAGCAGCAACUGCUCAGCUUCUCCUGUGCGGCGCCAAUUUAGCCGCCGGAGAAAUCAGGGAGGAAGAUGGUCUUCAAAGGCAGGUUUUUCUCGUCCAAGAAAUCGGACACCUCGAGCCCAGAUGGAUCCAACAGCCCCCGAUCCUUCGGCUCGAACUCCCCCGUCCGAUCCGACAAGAAGAAGCCCAAAUCCGCCUCCAAGGAUGACAACCCUCCCCCGCCCCGCCAAACCCUAGCCAAGGCUGGCUCCUCCAAGAAGAAGGAGCCGCUGAUCAAGGGCAAGGAACCCGAGAAGUCUAAGAAGCCGGCUACUAACCCGCCUGACGAGAAGGAGGCCGCUUCCUCGGUUUCCCCGAUACUGGCCUCGUCCCUUGGUCUGAAUAGGAUCAAGACUCGGUCUGGCCCAUUGCCCCAGGAGAGCUUUUACGGGUUUCGGGGCGAGAAAGGAUCGGGUUUGGGGGCCAGCAAUCUCUCGAGGGGUAGUGGUGGGAACAAUGGAGGGGAUCGGAGCUCGGGUUCUUCAGGUUCAGGUUCUGCCUCGGGGAGUUGGGGGUCGAAGAAGAAGGAGGGCGGGCUGAGCCAGAGUAGGAUGGGGAUUUCAAGCGACAACUUUGGGGCCGGUUGCGCAAAUUGGGUGGACAAUGGGAGCAAUUCGGAAGGUGUGUCCCCAGGGAGCAUUCCGUCGAGGGACCAGAGUCCUAAUGUGCUCCCGCCAUCGGGAUUGCAGAACGGGGAAACGUCUUCCGGAGCGGGGCGUUUGGAUUCAUCAUGGAACCGUAGUGGAGGCCUGAGAAGUUCUGAUGUUUGUACGCCAGAGGAAUCGGAAUCUCCUCGCUUUCAAGCCAUUCUUCGUUUAACAAGUGCACCGAAGAAGAGGUUGCCUUCCGACAUCAAGAGCUUCUCCCAUGAACUAAACUCUAAGGGCGUACGACCUUUUCCAUUUUGGAAACCUCGAGGCUUGAACAAUCUAGAGGAAAUUCUAGUUGUUAUAAGGGCAAAAUUUGACAAAGCCAAGGAAGAAGUGGACUCUGAGCUUGCCAUCUUCGCAGCCGAUUUGGUUGGAAUUCUCGAGAAGAAUGCAGAUAGUCACCCUGAGUGGCAGGAAACCAUCGAAGAUCUUCUAGUCUUAGCUCGGAGCUGUGCUAUGACUUCACCUGGAGAGUUCUGGCUCCAGUGCGAAGGCAUAGUUCAGGAGCUGGAUGAUCGGCGCCAGGAGCUUCCAGUGGGAACCCUGAAGCAGCUCCACACAAAGAUGCUUUUUAUACUGACAAGAUGUACUAGGUUGUUGCAGUUCCACAAGGAGAGUGGAUUGGCAGAAGAUGAGCAGUUUUUGCAUCUCCGCCAGUCCCGUGUGCUCCACUCCGCAGACAAGCGGAUCCCACCUGGGCCUGCGAGGGGGGAUACGAAGAGCUUCAGUGCUGCUCCAAAGGCCCCUAAAGCAGCUGCAGCUUCGGCAAGAAAAUCUUACAGUCAAGAGCAGCGUGGAAAUUUGUUUACUCCUCCUCCUGCUGUUCUUCCUCCUGCUGAUGACAACUCAAAGGGCAUGGACUCUCCUGGAGCCAGGAAUAGAAUGGCUUCAUGGAAGAAAUUCCCCUCUCCUGGUGGUAAAAGUGUAAAAGAACCCCCUCCUGCUAGAGAGCAAAACGAAGUUAAGGUUGAACCUGUGAAAUUAAUAGUGAACAAGAGAGCUACUUCUGAUGAUGACAUCAUUACUUCCACCAAGCCGACUGAACUACCUUCUACUAGAGAUUCCCAUGAUGAAUCUUCCAAGCACCAGCACAAGGUCUCUUGGGGUUACUGGGGAGACCAGUCAAAUGUUUCUGAAGAAAGCUCAAUAAUCUGUAGGAUUUGUGAGGAGGAGGUUCCGACAUCCCAUGUGGAGGACCACUCCCGAAUUUGUGCUGUGGCUGAUCGGUGUGAUCAGAAGGGUUGGAGCGUAAAUGAGCGGCUUCUCAGGAUUGCUGAGACUCUUGAGAAGAUGAUGGAGUCCUCUCAGAAGGAUAUUCAACAUGUGGGAAGUCCUGAUGUUGCAAAAGUUUCGUACUCAAGUGUGACUGAGGAGUCUGAUGCUCUCUCCCCAAAGUUCAGCGAUUGGUCUAAAAGAGGUUCUGAGGACAUGCUUGAUUGUUUCCCAGAAGUUGAUAACUCGGCUUUAAUGGAGGAUAUGAAGGGCCUGCCUUCCAUGUCUUGCAAGACUCGAUUUGGUAUCAAGUCUGACCAGGGAAUGGCUACUUCGUCUGCUGGGAGUAUGACUCCUAGAUCUCCAAUAUUGACUCCAAGAACAAGUCAGAUAGAUUUGCUUUUAGCAGGAAAGGGUGCUUAUUCAGAGAAUGAAGAUCUUCCACAGAUGAAUGAACUUGCUGACGUUGCUCGAUGUGUUGCAAAUACACCACUGGAGGAUGAGAGGUCCAUUCCAUAUCUACUCUCUUGCCUCGAAGAUCUGAGGGUCGUCAUUGAUCGGCGGAAAUUCAAUGCUCUCACUGUGGAGACAUUUGGUGCACGCAUCGAGAAGUUGAUUCGGGAGAAGUAUUUGCAGCUCUGCGAGAUGGUAGAGGAUGAAAAGGUUGAUAUUUCCAGUACUGUAAUUGAUGAGGAUGCUCCUUUGGAGGAUGAUGUGGUCCGUAGCUUGAGAACAAGUCCUGUACAUCCUUCUAAAGACCGGACCACGAUAGAUGACUUUGAAAUAAUUAAACCAAUUAGUCGUGGUGCCUUUGGACGAGUUUUCUUGGCCAAGAAGCGAACUACCGGGGACCUAUUCGCAAUAAAGGUUCUUAAAAAGGCAGAUAUGAUCAGAAAGAAUGCUGUGGAAAGUAUUUUGGCAGAACGUGAUAUUUUAAUCUCAGUCCGAAACCCUUUUGUGGUUCGUUUCUUCUAUUCUUUCACUUGUCGGGAGAACUUGUAUCUCGUGAUGGAGUAUUUAAAUGGAGGAGACUUGUAUUCUUUGUUGAGAAAUUUGGGCUGCUUAGAUGAAGAUGUUGCCCGUGUAUAUAUAGCAGAAGUUGUGCUUGCUCUCGAGUACUUGCAUUCACUUUGUGUAGUUCAUCGUGAUUUGAAGCCGGAUAAUUUGUUGAUUGCACAUGAUGGCCAUAUCAAGUUGACAGAUUUUGGACUGUCCAAGGUAGGUCUCAUAAACAGCACGGAUGACUUGUCGGGUCCGGCGGUGAGUGGGACUUCAAUGCUAGGGGUUGAUGAACAAGCUCAAUUAUCAGCAUCUGAGGACCAGAAAGAGAGGUGGAAGAAACGCUCUGCUGUAGGCACACCGGACUACUUGGCCCCGGAGAUUCUUCUUGGAACAGGACACGGCUUUACUGCCGAUUGGUGGUCAGUGGGCGUUAUAUUAUUUGAGCUAAUUGUUGGUAUUCCACCCUUUAAUGCUGAGCAUCCACAGACAAUAUUCGAUAACAUUCUCAAUCGUAAUAUACCUUGGCCUCGGGUGCCUGAAGAAAUGAGCCCUGAAGCAAAAGACUUAAUUGAUCGAUUACUUACAGAGGAUCCUUAUCAGAGACUUGGAGCUCAAGGAGCAUGGGAGGUGAAGCAACAUGUGUUCUUCAAGGACAUCAACUGGGACACUUUAGCGAGACAAAAGGCAGCAUUUGUUCCCUCCUCAGAGAGUGUGCUGGACACAAGUUAUUUCACGAGCCGGUACUCGUGGAAUACUCCAGACGACAAUGUCUACCCAGCAAGUGACCUUGAGGACUCCAGUGAUGAUGAUAGCUUAAGUGGAAGCAGUUCCAUGAGCAAUCGCCAAGAAGAAGUGGGCGAUGAUUUUGGGGGUCUUGCGGAGUUCGACUCCAGCUCAUCUGUCAACUACUCAUUUAGCAACUUCUCUUUCAAGAAUCUCUCCCAGCUUGCUUCGAUAAACUACGACUUGCUUUCCAAGGGAUGGAAGGACGAUCACCCAAAGAAUUCCAGCACGUGACUGCUGAACAUUUUCGAGGAUGUUGGGGGCCCAUUCACCUAAUUGAUGUUUGUAUACUUUGUACAUAAACAGGAGAUGGAUCUUCAAACUGAAACUCCGGGGCGCGCUCUUUCCGGCGUGUUGGUUGCUAUCUUCCACGCUGUGGGGGUUUGACGAGAAUCUGUUUUUGUAAGGGAGUCGGGACGAAGAAUUGAUGUUGACCUUUUAAAGUCACAUGAAUCGAUGGCAAGUCGGGACCCUAUGCGCGUGUAUUGUUUUGCAAGUUCUUCCUCCGUAGCAAUGAGAGCACAUCCCCGCUUUUGUGUUCCAUCUGU